ACACACUCCUCCAUCCCUCCUCCCCCAUCCCUCCAUUCUCUCCCCCCUCUCUAUCCCUCCAUCCCUGUCUCCAGAGGGGCGGCUGUCUCCGCCUGAUGUCAUCCGCAGCAGCUGCGCGAUCGAACCGGGAAGAGGGAGGACCGCGCCGCCAGUCCAGCCGCAGCAUCCUCAGCAGCAUCCUUAACUGCAUCCUUCGCAGCAUCCUUCGCUGGACCACUUUGGCAUCCUGGCUGGAAAACCCCCAAAGGCGGCUGCAAUGAUGAAGAAGACAAUGUGAAGGGGGAGAGGAGAGGAGAGCUACCUCUUUCCUUCCCUCUUUCUUUUCCUUUCUUCUUUCUUUCCUUCUUUUUCCUUUCUUUUUUUCCUUCCCUCCAUCCUUAGGAGAAGGAGGAGGUGCAAGGAAGAGAUCAGGAAAGGAUGCUGGCUUCGGACAACCUUGAACCUUUGCCUUUUCCCCUUCCUCCUCCACCUCCAUCACCACCACCACCUUCUGCCCAGACCUGUCCUCGGGCGUCCUGGUAAUUGGGGACGGAAAUACCCCCCCACACCAAGGAAAGGGACCACAAAAGCCAGGGAUUAUAUAUAUCUCCUAUAUAUAUAGGAGAUUUUGCUUCUUUUUGCUGGGCACUUGGUGGGCUUUUUCCCUUUCCCACCCAGACAUGGUCUCUCCUUGAAAUCCUUCAACGGAGGUUCUUUGUCCUCUUACUUUGGGAUUCCCUGGAAUCUUAACCCAGUUCUCCAGAAGUUGGAGUCGUCUCCAUUCACACGUUCGGGGGAACGCAGGACAGGCACAAUGGUUUCCUGCAUUGGGACAUUAUGAACAGUUCUGGGAGUUCAGCAUCCCAAUGAAAUAGAUUCCCCUUUUCAAGAACUGCAUGCUUAUAGUGGACCUUGUAAUGGACAUAGAUCAUUUGAUUUAAACUUGUUCAACAUCAAGUGAACAGAGAGCCUCUGGGAAUCUCAUUUCUGGAAGUCUCUGGAAACUCCAGCUUGUAUCCUUGGAUUCUGCAAAGGUCUCUCAUCUACGCUGAAGAUCCAGGGUGCUUUAUUUUUGUUACUGGUCUUAAGCUUCAUCCUGGGAUUUCUCCAUGGUGAGUUGAACAAGCUUGCUGGAUUAUCUGCUGAGGAACUUCCCAGACAGUGCAUGACUGGAAAAGAAAGGAGAGGAUAACACCCACGGCGCCUCCAGCAACCAAUCCACCAACAUCCCAACACCAUCUUAUUCGGGUGAAAGAUAGGAUGGUGCUGGGCGACUUGAGCAUGUAUAGCCCAAUCCUGGCCUGCUGGCAGCCGAUCCUCAUCUUGAUGUUGGGUUCCAUACUUUCAGGCUCUGCAACGGGUUGCCCACCCCGCUGUGAUUGUUCUGCCCAGGAGCGCUCCGUGCUUUGUCACCGGAAGCGGUUGAUGGCCGUCCCCGAGGGCAUCCCCACGGAGACAAAGCUCUUGGACUUGGGCAAGAACCGCAUCAAGACUCUCAACCAAGAUGAGUUUGCCAAUUUUCCUCACUUGGAGGAGCUGGAGUUAAAUGAGAACAUUAUCAGUGCCAUCGAGCCGGGGGCUUUCAAUAACCUUUUCAACCUCAGGACUCUGGGUCUCAGGAGCAACCGGCUCAAACUUAUCCCCCUGGGGGUGUUCACUGGACUCAGCAAUCUUACCAAGUUGGACAUUAGUGAGAAUAAAAUUGUGAUUCUCCUGGACUAUAUGUUCCAGGACUUGUACAACCUCAAGUCUUUGGAGGUCGGGGAUAAUGACCUGGUGUAUAUCUCCCAUCGGGCCUUCAGUGGUCUCAACAGCUUAGAACAGCUGACCUUGGAAAAAUGCAACUUGACCACCAUCCCCACGGAAGCACUCUCUCACUUGCACGGCUUAAUUGUGCUACGGUUGCGCCACCUGAACAUCAACGCCAUCAGGGAUUACUCCUUUAGGAGGCUCUACAGACUCAAAGUGCUUGAGAUUUCACACUGGCCCUACCUAGAUACCAUGACAUCCAAUUGCUUGUAUGGACUCAACUUGACAUCCUUGUCCAUCACCCAUUGCAACCUGACUACCAUCCCUUAUGUCUCCUUGAGGCACUUGGUUUAUCUCAGGUUCCUGAACCUGUCCUACAACCCCAUUAUCACCAUCGAAGGGUCCAUGCUUCAUGACCUACUCAGGCUUCAAGAGAUACAGCUGGUGGGUGGCCAGCUCACUGUGGUGGAACCAUAUGCUUUUCGGGGUCUGAAUUAUUUGCGUAUCUUAAACGUUUCAGGGAACCUCCUGAACACCUUGGAAGAGUCUGCUUUCCACUCAGUGGGGAACCUGGAAACUCUUAUCAUAGACAACAAUCCCUUGGCCUGUGACUGUCGACUCCUCUGGAUUUUCCGACGUCGCUGGAGGCUAAAUUUCAACAAACGGCAGCCCACCUGUGCAACCCCUGAAUUUGUCCAGGGAAAAGAGUUCAAGGACUUCUCUGAGGCACUCCUGCCCAACUACUUCAUCUGCCGCCGGUCCCGGAUACGGGAUCGCAAACCCCAACAGAUCUUUGUGGAUGAGGGACACACGGUGCAGUUCAUCUGCCGUGCGGAUGGAGACCCACCCCCCACCAUCACGUGGCUUUCACCAAGGAAGCACCUCAUCACUACCAAAACCAAUGGGCGGCUCACCGUCUUCCCCGAUGGCACAUUGGAGGUGCGCUACGCGCAGAUCCAGGACAAUGGCACCUACCUAUGCAUCGCCAGCAACGCUGGAGGCAAUGACACCAUGCUGGCCCACCUGCACGUCCGCAGCUACUCCCCAGACUGGCCCCAUCAAGCCAAUAGGUCCUUUGCUUUCAUCUCCAACCAACCCAAUGAGAGUGACACCAACAGCACGCGUGCCACCGUGCCUUUUCCCUUUGACAUCAAGACCCUCAUCAUUGCCACCACCAUGGGUUUCAUCUCUUUCCUGGGGGUAGUACUCUUCUGCUUGGUGCUCCUCUUCCUUUGGAGCAGGGGCAAAGGCAACACCAAGCACAACAUUGAGAUCGAAUACGUCCCACGCAAGUCUGAUGCAGGCAUCAGCUCGACUGCUGAUGCACCCCGCAAAUUCAACAUGAAAAUGAUUUGAGGAAAAAGCAAUUGACAAGACUCCAUAUAAAGGAGUGGGUUUUUAAAAUAAUAAUAAUAAUAAUAUAACAAUAACAAUAAUACUGAAAAAUGAUGCAACAAGCAUACCCACUUCUCCAACCAGCUCCCUGACCUUGGUUCUGUUUCCCACAAUCCUGCAUCACUUUAUUCUCGUCCUCUAUGUGAAAACGUUCCGCUGACGUCUCCAGAACUUUCCAUGUUUGUAGGACAUGUUCUGACAGAUGCCGGGUGUCAAUCCUAACAAGAAGAGGCAAUCACAAACAAACAACAAUCAAUAAAAAGUUACGAACUCCCUCUGUAACUUUUUGGUUUCAAUAAUUAUGGAUUUUUAUGAAAACUUGAAAUAAUAAAAAAAAACUAUUUCCUAUA